GAUCGCUGCCAAUAAAAUAGUUGAAAACAUAGUGUUGUAAUUCGAUUGUUGAAUURUCCAUUGUGUAAACUGUACUAAUCUGUCUAAAGUCGAUAAUAAUGAUGAAUAUGGAAGAGGAAAAUACUGAUGACCAGCUUGUAACAAUUCAUUUUGAUGAUGAUAUCAAUGCUGAAUUCGAUAAAUUGUUUUUAAUGGAACAUAGCGCAUAUUUUGAAGCCAUGUUUAGUGGGAACUUUUUAGAAUCUAAAGCGAAACAAAAAAUACAUAUACAGAAAAUAAGUUACAGAGGUUUUGUGAUGGUUGUUCACAGUUUGAAACGAAAUAAAGUAAUUGUUGAUAGUUUAGAAGAUUUACUUACUAUACUGGAAGUAUCACAGCUCCUUCAAUUUUCUUUUGUAACUGCUGAAUCUAUUAAAAUUAUCACCGAAAGAUAUCUGUUUACAAUGUAUGCAGUUAAUGUAUUUUCAGUGGUUUCUAAGCUUGGAAUUGAAAGUCUAAUAGAAAAAUCCCAUGCUUAUAUUUUGUAUAACUUUAAAACAAUAUUGGUUCAAAAUAAAGCCGGUUUCUUAAAAUUAACUGAAGAAGAUUUACAAACAAUAUUGAAUAACAAUAGCUUAAACCUGGAUAAUGAACGAGAUGUGUUUGAUUUGAUUAUUAAUUGGUGUUUAGUGAACGAUAAAUACAAUAUUGAAUAUGAAAUGGUUGUAAGUUGUGUGCGUUUUAAAUCUAUGAAUAAGGAACAAUUGGAAUACUGUUUUUCUAAAACCAAAAAUUCAAAUUUACAAGAUGUUAUGAUGCCAUAUCUAGAUUGUACUAGAGAGAACCGAGACACUAUGGGAUUAUUUAUUAGGCCAAUCAGAAGUAUUCCUUUUGGUUUGUGUGCUGUUAAAAAUGAAUUGGAUGGUUAUGCGUUUGUGUAUCGGUGGGAUUGGACUUCUAUGCAGUUUACAAAGUUUAUUAGAUUGGAUCCAUUGCCUCUUGAUACGACUGGAUAUCAUGUGAUUGUUAAAGACUUAGAUGUGUAUCUGAUGGCUGGAGAAAUUGCAUAUGGAAGAGGAUCAUGGAAUAAGGAAGGAUGGAAGUAUAAUUUACUGUCGGAACAAUGGAAAAGAUUGAAAAAUUUUACUACUUCUAGUAGACGCCACGGAGUUGGGCAUUUUGUUGGCGAUCAAUUGUACUUACUUGGAGGUCUUACAAAGCACCGAGUGCCUAAUCGAAAUAUUGAGCUCUUUGAAAUAGAUAAAGUUAAUGAUACACUGGUUAAAAUUCAUAUGGGCUCUUGCCAAUAUUUUCAAAAAAGAGUGGAUAGACAAUUUUAUGUUUGUUUGGAGUAUAAAGGUUAUUUAGCGAUAAUAACUAAAGACAAUGAACCAGCAUGGUUUGAGCUAAGUCCUAUAGGAGAAAACCACAGUUAUACCUGGAGAAGGCGCUUUAUACAUCUAAGAGAAGUAGUUAUAUGUGCGACUUGUUAUAAUGACACUGUUUAUAUGCUUACUUACAACAAAAAGCGUGUUAUUAAUUUAUACACGUACAGUCCAAUGUAUGAGUUAACCAAUAAGUUGAAAUCUUUUAAUAUACCAUAUGAUUAUGAUACUACAAUGUGUGCUUUUAAUGUUGAUAAGGCUAUGGUAUUUAAAAAUGAUACCUUUGAAUAUUAUUCUGUGGAUAACGACUUCUUCAUUGAAUAUAAAAUUCAAUUGGAUUCUUUUCACUCUAACUAUUUAUUCAGUGUUCCUAUUUAUAUAGAUAAGACAUUAUAAUUCUAGUUUAUUAAAGUAUCUAUUUUAAGUAAUUUUUAAUAUUUCCUUAGUAUUGUAAGUUUAUAGAUUUUAGUUAUAAUAUAGAACUGCUUAGUUUAAGUUGAUAUGUUUUACUAUUUAACAUGAUCCAUUUUUUGUGUUAAUUAUUGUACAAAUUAAAUUUUYAUUUUCAUUAAGUGGAUUCAACACUAUUAACUACCAUCAUUAGAGUGUGUGAUGGUUUUUAAAAGAAAUAACUGAGUGUAUACACUCAUUGAUUUACACAUUACAUGCAAAUUAAUAUUAAUAAUGCUUUGUUUGGUUGAAAAUAUCAACUAACUUAUUUGUCCGUUAACAUUUCUGAAAAACUAUUAAAUUUGUUAUGAAAUUUACUUGAAGGCAACUUUCUUAUAUUUUUAUAUACAUUUUUUCAAUUCAAUAUUAUUGAUUUCUUAAAAUUCUCCACGUUCAAAUUUCAAAAAUCUAAUUUUGAAGUGUUCAAUUUCUUAAAAAGUGUAAAAGUUAUUUUUGUGUAAUUCAUGUCAAAUCAAAUAUGUUUUUUGGGAGUUUCAUCCAAUUAUAAUUGGGAUAGCCUGUACAGGAAUCAAUAGUGAGCGUUUAAUGGAAGGUGUCACCAAAAUAUGUAAUAUUUAUUGACCACCUUUGCUGUUUGUAUAAUAACCAGUUGCUAUUUUUUACGAUGUAGUAGUUUCAGGUAGCUCCCCAACACUCCUGUAAAUGCCCUGAAUGCCUGUUUUUUGUAUUUAUGUGCUAUUUUAAUAUAAAGUGAUUUAAUUACUUCACAUUUUUGUUGUUUUUAAUUUUAACAUAUGUUAAGUUUAAUUAUCUACUUAUUAAUCAUUAUUAAAAUAUUUUUCUUCUAAGCCUAGAGCAGCGAUUUCCAAACUGCACCCCGAGAAUUUUCUAAAGAUAUUGUGAUCUAAGGCUUAGUAAAUAAUUUAAUAUGUAUAUAAUUUUUUUUCGAAAAUUUGUUGUUAAUGAGUAUUUUUUUUGCCCUGUCUCAUGAUAUUCUCAGCAGGACACCAUGGCUAUAUGUAGUCCAUAAAAGGGCACCGCGAAAAAGAAAUUUGGAAACCGUAGCUCUAGAGAUUGGUUAUCCUAAAUAUUAUUUAAAUUGUAUCACCCUACUUAAUUUAAAUAUUUUGAYAUUGUAAUAAAAAUUAUA